CGCCUGUGGAAGCAUACGUGCAUCCCUUCAUUUACACAGUUUUAAUAUCAUUUAAACAUGACUCACACUAAACACGAAGGUAUUUGUGUCCGUCAGAAUUGUGUUGUUGAGCAAUAACGGCAACUCAGCAUUUCCAGUAACUGCUAAGCAGUCGUCAUCGUACAGUUUGGAUGUGAUGGUGGGUUUCUUCACAUGAACUGCUUGUUUUCGGUCCUUCAACAUUUCAGUGAACUCUGAUUUGGCCUUGAAAUUAACUUGUAACCCUGCAUCUGUGCUCACUUUUGCGCCUCACAAAUAGCAGGGAUAUGUAAUAUUGUCUGAUUUUCUUAGAUAAACAAAUACAUUAGUGAUUAAUUUUCUCUAUCAAAGCAAGGUAAAUAUUAUCACUGUUGUCAGAGCUUGCUUAGCACUUUCUUUACGCUAAGGUAACCAGUUACUGCUAGGCGUCUCAAGACCAGAUUUACAAGUGGAAGUAAAUAUUUAUCCUUCAAUUUUUUUAGGCUUCCUGCUGAUGUGUAUUUCUCUCUGAACUGUCUUGAGAUCUUACUUCACUCCUUCGGCAGAUGUUAUGACCCUUUUCAGAGCAAGGGUCUUUCCAAGCACUUUCUUCAUGCUAAGCUAACCAGCUCCUGGGUCCAGCCCACAGAUCUGCUACUGGGAAAUAAAUACUGAAAUAUUCCUUUAUUAUUUUUUUUAACUUCCUCUUUGAGAUGGUAUUUCAUUAUGACUCUUGUCAGGGUUUUCCUAGCACUUUUAUUAUGCCAUGCUAACCACCUAUUGGUUCUAGCCCACAGAUCUAUCCAUGGAGAAAUAAAUAUUGAAAUAUUCCUUCUUCGUUUUUUAACCUUCCUGCUGAUGAAUGCUUCUCUCUGAGCUGUCUUGAGAUCUCAUUAUACAGUCGUUAGGCAGCUGUUAUGGCUCUUGUCAGAGUUUCCCUUGCACUUUCUUUAUGCUAAGCUAACCAGCUACUGCAAGGCGACUCCAGUCUAGACUACAGAUUUACAAGUGGGUAAUAAAUAUUGAAAUAUUCGUUUUUCUUUUCUUUCUUUUUCUUUUUUUUUUAAACCUUCCUGGUGAUGUGUGCUUCUCUCUGAACUCUCUUGAGAUCUCAUUUUACACUCAUUAGGCAGAGUCUUCCUAGCACUGUCCUCAUUCUAAGCUGCUGAUUCUAACCCACAGAUCCACAAGUGGGAAAUAAAUAUUAAAUAUUCCUUCUUUUUCUUUUUUCUUUUUUUUACCUUUCUGCUGAUGUGUGCUUCUCUCUGAACUCCGAAGCCUGGAGAUCUUAUUUCACAGUCAUUAGUCGUGGACUGCUGGCUCUUGAGCCCCCAUCAAGUUGAAGUUCUCUCCAUUGUUGCCUGUUGUGGAUAAAUGGGACUCUGCGUCUUUAAAUCGCAGCGGGGGGGCGGGGCUCUGCAGCCACACCAGGGGGAGGCGGAGGGCCGCUUUGUGCGCCACACUCACUCAACUAAACGGACAUUGGAGCUCCAGUCCUGGGACCGUCCUGCACCUACUCUCCUGCCUCUCCUGACGAGGGAACUAAAAGCGAAUUUAUUGCUUCUCGCUCUCGGAAAGCUGGAAUAUAGCCCCGAAACUCUCCAUUUCGUGGACGUCGAAGACAGGCUGAUUCAACCGCUAAUGAAACCAGCGUUGAAGUACCAGAAUGGCUGCACACAUUAAACACCUGGAGUUAUACUUGCUUUGACAACAUCUGUUACGUUUGCCAAAGAACUUUGGAAGCAACUCCUGUGAACGCCUACAGAUCCUACUUAGAUUUCUAUCUGUGGAUAACUAACUGCCAUCAUGCCUAUUCUCAAGCAGCUGGUGAACAACUCUAGCCAGUCAAAGCGGCGGUCUCGGGUCGACCUGACCGCGGAGAUGAUCAGCGCCCCUCUGGGCGACUUCCGCCACACGAUGCACGUUGGCCGAGGCGGCGACGCUUUCGGGGACACGUCGUUCCUCAGCACCCGGUCCGGGGAGCCUCCCAGGGAGCCGGAAGCAAAGCCGGACUCGCCAGGUCCCAAGCCGGGGCUGCUGUCCCGCACCUUCAGAAGCAGCAAGCGAUCUCAGUCGGUCAACCGAGCGGACAAGUACGAGUACAACACCAUGCCGCCUUCCGCCGGCUCGUCCCAGUAUGUGAAAACCGCUAUAUCCAUGCCUUACCUGAACGACGAGGUCACCAGCAGAGGAAGCCAGCUGCCGAAGAGCGUGUCCUCGAGCCCCAUGAAGAAGCUGUCGGAGGUCGAGAGCAAGCCGGUCAACGGAGCGGCAGCCAUGGCGACGCUGGAUGCGGAGUUCGACGAGCGGAAUUUCGGCGAGCUCACGGAUUUGCCUCCGUCCAUGCCUAAGGGAGGCGGAAUGAAGCACGCAGAGUCCAUGAUGUCCUUCCACAUUGACUUGGGGCCCUCCAUGCUCGGGGACAUCUUGAGCGUGAUGGAGAAAAAGGGCUGGGAGGAGGACGACCUCGGCUACGAGGAAGGAAAGAGCAGCGAGGGCCACGCGUCGCCCUCCCACAUCCCCCACAUAGAUGACGACGACGCGGAGGAGCACGCCCCCGAGCGGCCGCCUCGCAUGUACCAGCACGAGGCCGUGAUGGAUCCCUACACCCCGGAGCUGCACGCCCGCAACAACAACCACCACAACAUGGAUAGCUGCUCCGUGUCCAGCUCCGGCUCCGUCACGGAAGAGAAACCUCAGUACCACCACGACGCGGACACGGACAGCGCAAAGUACAGUUCGCCGCGCGGGGAGGACGACAGAGAUUUCACCUUCAUGGACGAGGACGACGACGAGAUCCGAGUGUAGAAAAGUCUUGAACAGUCUUGAAGGACACUAAAGGAGGACGCUUUGGGAGGUCAUCACAAACUGGGGAAAGCAGGAGAGGGGGUUUACAGACGGGGCCACAUCUGGUUUAAGCUCCCCGUAGAGCAAUAAUAUCUGAACAUUAUGUUCAGCAUCUUAGGUAAAUCCAAGUAUGCCUUUUUUUUUUUUUUUUUUGCUGUGCUGUAGCAAGGAACCGUGAGCUAAAUGCACGCUAGACAGAUUGGCUCACAAAAAAGUGGCACUCCUGAAAUGUUUGGGGUUGGCUGAUGCAAUUUUUGCAGCAUCAAACUCUGAACUCAUUACUGCUAAACUGGCUCCCACUCCUAACAAAGAAGAGAAAUCAGCACUGUCGGGUGUGAACAUAAUACUAAUCGUUAAAAAGAGGAGGAACAAGUAAGAACCAACCGUGAGAUUAGAGAACUGGGUUGGAUAACGCGGACGUGCGGUAGGGAUUCUUAGGAAGGAUGAGGGAAAGUGAAACUGGGAUAGCUUUGUAAGCCCAGCAUGUGGGAGUGAUCACGGAGCUUAAUUUGCCAAUUACCCAUUCUGGCAUAGACACUAAACCGAUAAAGUAGUGAUUACUUUUGUCCACGUCUGAGUUUAAGGGGUGAUUUAUGCUAUUUUGUUCUUCACUGUAUGUAUGUACAGUGUCUGGAAGUGUCAAGAGUUGUGUAGUUUAUUAUUUUUGGCGCUGCCUCUUUUGGGGAACAUCUGCAGUCUUUAAAUUCUGUUCAGCUGUGAUAUUUAUUCCUUCGUUUUCAUAAGGGAUGAAUCAUUCUUAAUGUGCACUGCUUAAGGUCUUAUGGUAUCUUUGCUUUCUACAGAGAGGAGGAAAAAAAAAAGUCUUAAUGGUACUAGAGUGAGUCAUCUUCGCGUUGAAGUUGACCACAUGGCACUUAGGUUCUGGACUCGAGCAAAUUAUCACCCGAAAAUCGAAACGGAAUUAAUGUGAACGGUCAAAAGAGAUUUAUGUAUGUUUUCUGUGACUUUUUUUUAAACGAGACAGAAGUGGCGAUCGCUGCGUGUUCUCGCUGCUUCUGCGUCGUCACCGAGGUUGCUAGGAUUCGGAGGUGUGUGGAGAGAUUGACAUAAGACAAGUCUGAAGUUUGAGCCGCUGCUUAGUGUGAAAUUACAGAAAUAUUACAGACCUGUCCGUGGGAGACCUCCUCUUUUUUUAGACGUCUGUCAAGUCGCGUCCCGAGGGGCAGAGAAAGGAAGCGAAGAGCACGGUUAGAUAAUAGAUGGGCAUCAGGCAUGUCCGAGGGAACGGAAUCUACUUCCCGAUCUGGCCCCACAGGUGAUAAUAUUCACCUCCUCCACACAAGUAAAAUCACAGAGUAGGAACAGAUGAUUAAAUCAACCAAUCAUACGGCCGUUCCCAGUCUACUCAUUAAAUGUGCUAGAUUAUUGGACUCCAGCCAGCUGGAGCCUCUCCAGGAACAGACAGGUGGGCUGUUUCUAUUUUUCUUUCCUCUUUUUUUUUUUUUCUUUUUUUUUUUUGCCCGGGUUCCAGUGACUUCACAACUCAGCCUCGCUCAGUCGUCUACUCUCAGCUCCAAAUUAGGCACAAAGAAAUGUACUUUCGCAUAUCUGCGAUUAAUGUCUGACCUUGUUUUUUUGUUUUUUUUUUUUCUUCCUGCCGUGGCACUGACGCAGGGCGGUGUACAUAAAAUCAGGAUGCUGUGCCAUUCUGCCUCGGGUUGUUUUCUGGAACGACGUCUACAAAGACAGGUGGCGGGGGUAGUUCCGAAAUCAAAAGCAAUCUGCGGGAAAUUGCCAAGUAUGUGUUAACCUUUUGUUGCGCGAGGUUAGGAUGUUGGAUUUUGUUUAUUUUCUACUUGUGUCUGUAUAGAGAUAAGGAUUAUGAUUUGAGUCAGACCUUCACGUUUUCCUGUGUACGGGCCAAAAUCUGUAGAUUGACGCGUAGAGACGAAACGGACGCUUAUCUGAUCCGCUGUCGCUUUUAAUCAAGCAGUGUAAAUAUAAUUAGUGCCAUGGACGCUCACAACGAACAAUCGUUAUCGGCAAGUUUUAACGCAUUGCACACAAUCCGUCUCCCCGGUGGGUUGUUGCAGUUGGACGCGAACGGAACCGUGGGAACAGAUUCGCCGAAAUACGCUGAAAUAUUUCCUUGUAAUUGUCUUAACUUUCUGGCUGUUGUUGUUUCUCUCUGUGGGAAACAUCCCUAAACAGGCCAGAGCAAACCAUAAGAAGGAUUUGUGAAUUCUGUCUGCCGCAGGUUUGCCUGUAAAGUUUCCCAUUCCCUGGUGGCAGUGGUUUGGGUGAACGGCUAAAAAAAAAAAAGACCAGGACUGCAAAAAAAAAAAAGAAAAAAGUCUCAAAGUUCAGCUGUAGAACUUUUUUUUUUAUUUUUUUUUUUCUAUUCAGUGGCUGUAGUGGUAUGCCAAGUAUGUAUUGUUUUCUUUUCCUCCCUCAUUAUUCUGGUUUUACAGUAUAUUAAUAUAUUCACCUCCUUCACUUUCCUUUCUUUGAAAUAACAGCUAUAUUUUUCAAUAAAAGAGAAAGCUGGUAAUCUUUAA